AUGGAAAAUGAGGAAAUCCUCAAAGAGAAAGAGCUCUUGGCUAGCACUGAAGACGGAACGGCUCUCGACCAAACCAUGUUGUCUAGGAUGGAGACAUUUGAAGUUAAUGAUCCAAAGCCCAAGAGGAGAAAUGGAAUGAACUGCAUCAUGGUCCUAGUGGUCAUGUACCUGGUUCUGCUCACUGUGGGCGCUGGGCUAUUGGUGAUACAAGUUCUAAACCUGCAGGAGCGGCUCCGGAUCCUGGAGACACCCUACAACAAUGAAACACAGGACCAGCUCACCCAAGUCCUCACCAAGCAGGAGAGCCUACAGCAACGGAUGGACAACUUUAUUCAGAUCCCAGGACCCCCAGGACCCCCAGGACCCCGAGGCCCACCAGGAAUCAAGGGAGAGGCAGGAAGAAAAGGAGACAUGGGCAUGAAAGGAAACAUGGGCAUGAAAGGAGACAUGGGCAUGAAAGGAGACGUGGGCAUGAAAGGAGACGUGGGCAUGAAAGGAGACGUGGGCAUGAAAGGAGACAUGGGCAUGAAAGGAGACAUGGGGGUCAUGGGACCCCCCGGAGCUCGGGGGGAUAAAGGUGACUCAGGAAAGCCAGGUUCCCCAGGAGUGGCUGGAAUUCCUGGAAUCAAAGGUGAUCAAGGACCACCUGGAAUGAAGGGUCUUCCGGGCUUUCCAGGAGCUGUGGGAUCCCCAGGUGCCAAGGGUGAGACUGGCAGCACUGGCCCCACUGGGCCAAUAGGACCACCAGGGAUGCCCGGGAGACCAGGAGUCGAAGGUGUAAAAGGAAGCAAGGGGGACACAGGACUUCAAGGACAGAAAGGAACAAAAGGAGAAUCAGGAUUUCCAGGCCUUGCAGGCAUGAAGGGAGAGAAGGGAAGCCCGGGCCUGGGAGGCCUCAAGGGGGCACCUGGACCAAGUGGCCUAAAGGGAGAGCCUGGAUCGAGAGGAGCUACUGGGCCACAAGGAGCCAAGGGAGAAAAAGGUCAAAAAGGUGACUCCUCAUUAACCGUCCGGAUUAUCGGCUCUAGGAACCGAGGCCGAGCUGAAGUUUUCUAUAAUGGUGCAUGGGGGACAAUCUGUGAUGACAGCUGGGACAAUUCAGAUGCCACUGUCUUCUGCCGCAUGCUGGGUUACUCCUCUGGAAGUGCUAUCUACAAUGUGGGAGCUGGCUCUGGAAACAUCUGGCUGGAUGAUGUUGCAUGUUCAGGGUCAGAAUGGACCCUGUGGGACUGCAACAAGAGCAGCUGGGGCUCUCACAACUGCAACCACAAUGAGGAUGCGGGCGUGAACUGCAGCUGA